GCCGUGGCGCGCGCCCCGGGGCCGAGCGGCUGGCAGCGCGCCCCGCGCCGGAGCCGCAGUCGCGCCCUCUCGCUGCCUGGCGAAGGCGGCCGAGGAGGCGAGCGUCGGGAGAGAGGGAGCCGCUGGCGCUGCAGGAUGGCCGUGGGCUCGGUGAAGAUGCAGACUCCGUGUGAGAGCCCGGCUCUGGCCGCGGCGGCGGCGGCAGCGGCAGCAGCGGCGGCGGCCGAGGGCGCCCAGCGCCGCAGUCCCGGUGCCCGCGAACCGGAGCCAGAGCCCGAACGCGAGCAGCCGCCGGCGUCGCUGCGGCCGCGGCUCCGGGACCUGCCUGCCUUGCUGCGGAGCGGGCUCACGUUGCGGAGGAAGCGGAGUGCCGCCGGGGCUCGGGCCCUGUCAAGAAGGAUUUCCAACCCGUACCUUGAUCACACUUCUUCCCAGAUUUAUGGAGAGAAUUCUUCUUGUGCAGGAAGAGCCCUGAGAAAUAUGAUUAUGGUGCAGGCAGCUGACCUGAUAAAAGACAGAGUGAACCUCAAGGGCUUUUACAGGAGGAGCUGUGUUGGGUCCGAGCUGGUGGACUGGCUUCUGGAACACUGUCCCUUUGUCCAGUGCAGGUCCAUGGCCAUCGGGAUCUGGCAGCUCCUGUUGGACAUGGGCAUUAUGUCAUCAGUGGACCAACACCUGUAUUUCCAAGACACUUAUACUUUCUACCAGUUUUCCUCAGAGGAAUGUAGCUACUUGUACUGUGAAUUUGAGAGAGAAGGCAAAUGGCAGAACGGUGUCCGACUGCUGCUACAGCUCGUGCCGCUCCUUCCCAGCAGGGCUGGCAUCUGUGAAAUGUCUCAUCAGAAAAUAGAAGACCCUGAAGAAAGCAGUGAUGAAAUUCUUGCUCGUCUCACAUCUGCGGUGCAGAGAGAGCUAGCAGCUGUUAUUGCUUUGAAAGCAAGGAAGUCUGUUGAACAAGACGAAGAAAGCAGUGUUAAACACGUAAACAUCACAAAAGCUGAAGACAUCGCGGACUCUCAGGCGGGGGUGAUGUGCAAGCUCCAAGAGAGAGAUGACCUCGGGCGGAUUGAACUGGUCCAGAAGCUGGCGAGAGAGAACUGUCAAUUUUUGCAAACCGACAAGAAGGACGUGGAGAAGUCUGAGCACCAAGACGAAGAGGUGAGCACAGUGCAGGUGCGGGAGCAAGAGCGGGACGUCUUGGUGCUGAAGAGAGUGCGGGGCAGCGGCAGCGGCCCAGCCCCCACGGCGACCGGCGCGGACGCCGAUUGGAGGUACGUGGUGGUGUCCGGGACGCCAGAGAAGAUUCUGGAGCACCUCCUGAAUGACUUGCACCUGGAAGAAGUCCAGGACAAAGAAACAGAAACCCUGCUCGAUGACUUCCUUCUGACCUACACUGUCUUCAUGACGACUGACGACUUGUGCCAGGCGCUGCUCAGGCACUAUUCUGCUAAGAAGUAUCAAGGCAAGGAGGAGAACUCGGAUGUUCCUUGUCGAAAACGUAAGGUCCUGCAUCUUGUUUCCCAGUGGAUUGCACUAUACAAAGACUGGCUGCAUGAGGACGAACAUUCAAAAAUGUUUUUGAAGACCAUCUACAGGAACGUUCUAGAUGACGUCUAUGAGUAUCCAAUACUCGAAAAGGAACUGAAAGAAUUCCAGAAGCUACUUGGGAUGCACCGUCGCCACACCGUGGAUGAAUAUUCACCCCAGAGGAAGAAUAAAGCCCUUUUCCACCAAUUCAGUCUGAAGGAGAACUGGCUGCAGCACAGAGGAGCUGUGACUGAAACAGAAGAAAUUUUUUGCCAUGUGUAUAUAACGGAGCACUCCUACGUCAGCGUGAGGGCCAAGGUUUCCAGCACGGCCCAGGAGAUCCUGAAAGUGGUAGCCGAAAAGAUCCAUCCCACGCAAGAAGAACUGGCCUUGGUGGCCGUCUCGUUCUCCGGGGAAAAGCAUGAACUUCAGCCACAUGACUUGGCUAUCUCCAAAUCCGUCGAGGCGUCUGGUCGGUUAUACGUCUACCGGAAGGACCUGGCUGACACCUUGAACCCGUUUGCGGAAAAUGAGGAGGCACAGCAGAGGUCAGUGAGGAUUUUAGGAAUGAACACUUGGGACCUGGCUUUGGAGUUAAUGAACUUCGACUGGAGUCUCUUCAACUCGAUCCACGAGCAAGAGCUGAUCUACUUCACAUUCAGCAGGCAGGGAAGUGGGGCGCACACAGUGAACCUCAGCCUGCUGCUGCAGAGGUGCAAUGAGCUGCAGCUCUGGGUGGCCACAGAAAUCUUGCUUUGCAGCCAGCUGGGCAAGCGCGUGCAGCUGGUGAAGAAAUUCAUCAAGAUUGCAGCACAUUGCAAGGCCCAGCGGAACCUGAACUCCUUCUUUGCCAUCGUGAUGGGCCUCAACACGGCAUCUGUGAGCCGCCUGGCGCAGACCUGGGAGAAAAUCCCCGGGAAGUUUAAGAAACUUUUUUCUGAGCUUGAAAGCCUAACGGACCCUUCUCUGAACCACAAAGCUUAUAGGGACGCAUUCAAAAAGAUGAAGCCGCCCAAGAUCCCUUUCAUGCCCUUACUACUUAAAGAUGUCACCUUCAUCCAUGAAGGGAAUAAAACAUUCCUGGAUAACCUUGUCAAUUUUGAGAAGCUGCACAUGAUUGCAGACACUGUCCGGACCCUGAGACACUGCAGGGCUAAUCAGUUUGGAAGCGACCUGUCCCCGAAAGAGCAUCCGGAGUUGAGGUCCUAUGUCCACCACCUGUAUGUCAUCGACAGCCAGCAGGCCCUGUUUGAGCUCUCACACAGGAUUGAGCCGCGGCUGUGAGCACUGCCUUGCCUGCCCCCUACAACCUCCAAUACCUUCUCCACUCCUGCUUCGUGAUGUGCUGGCUGCACCUUGCACCCCAGACCACACGCUGGGCUGUGAGGCAAGAAAUUACUGAGUUUUAUCAGUGCCAUCACAAGACCCCCCCACCAGAGAGCCAGCCCCUGGCAUGUGCCACCAGUAACCACAGCAAGAGAGGUGCCCUGCUCCUCCCUGGGAUGGGAAAGCAGAAGGGGGGUUUCAGGAACAACCUGGAAAUGGAGAAGUCUGGCUUUCAUAGGAUUGACUUCCAGCGUUCAGCGCAGGACAGGAAAUCAUGUCUGAAGAUCCAGCGCCCCUGCCUCCCAGUACGAGCUUGGGUGCAGCAGCCAGCAGCUUCGCCUGGCCUCGCAUUAGCUUCCUGCUCACAGACUCUCAAACAAGUGAUUCACUCUUGGCCACCUGCGGACAGCAUUGUCACCCCUGGGUGUCUAGGGGAGGAGAGGAUGAUCUCUCCAGCCAAACCACCAGAAGCCACCUCUCUCUGGGGAGGAAGUGGGUGAGUGAGAACUGGCCUGACCACACUCAAGCUCUGCCAAGGCAACGUGACUCUUGGCAGCCACAGCCACAUCUUGGCAUCUACCUGCAGGUGAAAUCGUGUAUGGCUGAUUUGCAGACCCUGGGCCAGGCAGACUAAGUUGCCGUUGCCAAUAAGG